GGGCGCAAGCCGCGCCGGCGCAGGACGGCGUUCACGCACGCGCAGCUCGCCUACCUGGAGCGCAAGUUCCGCUGCCAGAAGUACCUCUCCGUGGCCGACCGCAGCGACGUGGCCGACGCGCUCAAUCUCAGCGAGACGCAGGUCAAGACCUGGUACCAGAACCGCAGGACUAAGUGGAAGCGGCAAAACCAGCUGCGCCUGGAGCAGCUGCGGCAGCAGGCGUCGGUGGAGAAGGAGCUGCUGUCUGCGCAUGCGCCCGCAGAGCCGGCGGCCUGCUGCCCCUACCAGCCGCCCGCCUUCCUCACCACGGCCGCCGCCAUCUUCCGCAACGUCACCUACGUGCACGGCUGCCAACUGUAGCGCGACCACGUCUCACGGAACUAGUUUCUCUCCGAGGAGCGGCCGCUAACCAAACAUCAUCAUCUCCGAGGAGUGCCACUUGCGUGUGACUGGUGCCACGUGUUGCGUCACGAGGACAAUUUACACUUCGCGCGAAAUGCAGCAAUCUGGGUGUGUAUACCCUACGAGUCUGAUCCCGACACCGAGCGUCGCUGCAUACGAAUCGAAGAGAGUCUACACAACACAACAGCUCUUCGUUGCGUCACGUGACUGCAACUUCUGCUAAGCUGAGGAAUGUUUCCCUCGCACAGAAAAGCCAAUCCCUUCAUGCGGGAGAAUACAAAUAUUUAGGUGCAGAUGUCUUAAGAUGCAGAGUUUACGGCCACAAACAAGUCAGUUCAGUUAUUCCGUCUAACGUGAGCUGACGAAAUUAAAACUGAAAAAAGUAAGUGAAAAAAUGGUUUCAUGUCGAACGAGGGAAGCAUCGAUUGACAUUGGAGCAUUUUGCCUUGCGUUAUUGUUGUAGUUCGGAUUCUAGACUGAUCGUAGUUACCAACAAAAAGGGAUAAAAAAAAGUCGUGUGACUAGGGCCUCGUCGGGUAGACCGUUCGCCAGGUGCAAGUCUUUCGAUUUGACGCCACUUCGGCGACUUGCGCGUCGAACACGAGAGAUGAAGAAGAAUGAAUGGCAACGAAAGAACAAAAACUUCAAUUUGCUAUUUAUUAAGAAACAAGCACUACUUUUUCUUUUUUCUUUUCCAAAUAUGAACAUAUAUCAGUUCUCUCAAUUAGG